UAGCCUAGGUGCAUGUAAUCUUUUUAUCUCAAUUGUACAUGCACGGUGAACCUAUUAACAUUUAUCCUAUACUCAAUCAACACAAAAGAUGAACUUGAUGUCCAUAAUAAUAAAGAGGCAUGCAAUGCGAUAGCUACCUUGUACCUUUACACUGAUAAUCUCCAGCCAGAACAUACAAUCAGGUUGAGUGUGAGAUAAGGCAAGCCAGUCCUCUGGAGGUUUUUAAAUGUGACUAAGUCUCUGAACAGGGCAGAGUGCAUUCUGAAUCAAAACAUUUGUAGAGUCUGUAAACAACCUGAAGCCUGAAGAAUCCAGGAAGAGAUGCAGUAUGAUUAUGGAAAAAACAAGAAGGAACACCCUGAGCCUGUAAAAGCAGAUGUAAAAGGAUCUCUUCCUGAUUGGCUGCAAGGCACUCUUGUGCGAAAUGGCCCAGGUCUCUUCUCAUUUGGAGAGACUUCUUAUAAUCACUGGUUUGAUGGAAUGGCGCUCUUGCACAGUUUCACAAUCAAACAUGGAGAGGUUACAUACAGAAGCAAGUAUCUCAGAAGUGACACGUACAACAGCAACAUGGAAGCCAAUAGAAUCGUAGUUUCAGAAAUGGGGACCAUGGCAUAUCCGCAUCCAUCCAAAAACGUGCUCACCAAAGUGAUCACCUUUAUCAAUCACACCGUCCCAGACUUCACAGACAAUUGUGCUGGUAACAUAAUAAAAUAUGGAAAUGAUUAUUAUGCUACUUCUGAAACCAAUUACAUUCGCAAAAUUGACCCAGUGACCUUGGAGACUCAAGACAAGGUGGACUACAAAAAAUAUAUUGCUGUAAGCCUUGCUAUAUCUCACCCACACUAUGAUAAAGAAGGAAACAGCUACAACAUGGGAACGUCAAUUGCAGACAAGGGCAAGACCAAAUUUGUGAUAUUUAAGGUCCCUGCAGUUGAACCUGCUGCCUCUGAUUGGACUCCAGCCUUGAAGAAUGCUGAGAUCAUGGCUACGAUUCCUUGCCACUCACUCCUCACUCCGAGUUAUUACCACAGCUUUGGCAUGACAGAGAACUUUUUCAUCUUUAUUGAGCAACCCUUAAAGCUGGACAUUGUCAAAAUGGCCACUGCUUACAUGAGGGGGGUGAGCUGGGCUAGCUGCAUGAAAUUCCAGCCUGAGCAUCAAGUCCUAAUUCACCUCAUUGACCGACACACCAAGAAAGAAGUUGACGUGAAAUACUCCACAGACACGAUGGUGGUAUACCAUCACGUCAAUGCUUUUGAAGAGGAUGGACACGUGAUAGUUGACGUGAUCGCUUAUGAUGACUACGGCCUAUACGACAUGUUCUACCUGGACAAGCUGAAAGAACGAUCUGCAAGCAGUAAUAAAGUCAAGCCACAAUACAAACGCUUUGUGCUGCCACUUGCUGACAAGUGUGCCGAGACAGGAGAAAACCUGGUCAAGUUGAAAUACACGACAGCGACUGCCGUGAAAGAGAAAGAAGGAAAACUACUCUGCAAGCCAGAGGUUAUGAGUGAAGGCACUGAAGUUCCCAGAAUCAAUUACAAUUACAACGGACAGAAGCACAGAUAUGCUUAUGUGACCGACGUGGGGACUCCAACAGCUACAAAGGUUAUCAAGUUGGAUGUUGAAACAAAGCUGCAGGUUGAAUGGAGCGCAGAGAACUGCUGGCCUUCUGAGCCUGUGUUUGUUCCUAGACCUGGUGCGAGUGAAGAGCAUGACGGCGUAGUCCUAACUACAGUCAUAAACGGUAAUCCGGGUGAGUCUGACUUUCUUCUGGUGCUUGAUGGGAAGUCGUUCCAAGAAAUGGCCCGGGCUAGCGUGAACGUGGAGCUGCACAUAGACAUGCAUGGCUUAUUUAUACCACAACAUGAUAUUGAACCUCCACGUGCUGCUAAAGAAUCUUCAACCCGCUGUUGAAUAUGUACUUUGGACUAGAAUGUGUUAGUUAGUUUAACUUAACUAAGUGGACUAAAUGUUAAAGACGUUUCAUGGCAUUAUGAAAGAUUGUCUAUAGGGUCACUUUGGAUACAAGGUUCUUGCAGUAAAUAAAUGGGGCACUAUAUUAAUAUCAAAAUGCAAAGCGUUUUGUAUAAUAAAAAACAAAAAUCAGAAGUCCUGUAAAGUUUUGUGGUUUCUUGCACUGUAUAUAAAGCAUGGGAGCAGACAACAGCAGAUGAUGAUAUUGUGUGUGUGAUGUAUGUAUGUGAAUGUAUGAUUGAAUAUGCUCUGUAUACAGUUGUCGCUCAAAGAUCUGAAUCCAAGAAAAAAUUCCCCGUGGGGACAAUGAAGUACAUCUUAUCUUAUAUUACAAUACUUUCAUACAGGAAAAUACAGUACAAGCUAUUUUGCAUGCUGUCCCCAUGGGUUUUCUGUGGUUUCUGUCCACCUCCCAAAGACAAGCCAAUAAGACAAAUGCUUCCAUCUAUUUUCUUGUACUGUUUCUCCUACACAGGGUCAUGGGGAGCUUGGACACAAUCACGCACACACACACAUUCACACACUACAGAGAAUUGGAAAUGCCAAUCAG